AAGGGUAGGUGGAUCCUAUGGUGAGUAGGGACUAAUUAGGACACCCCAAUCCUGGGCCACCUCAUAGCCUCAGGCACGGAUGAGAGAUGUAUAAAGGUAGACAGGCUCAGAGCAUCCCAAACCCCUCCGCACCUAUCUGCGCCAGUCACUGGUGAACCUCGUUGCAAGUCCAGCCCAGAAUGUCUCAGCAGAAGCAGAAGCAGUGUGCUCCCCCGCAGCAGUGCUGCCCCCCACCCCAGCAGUGCUGCCCCCCUCCUCAGCAGUGCUGCCCCCCACCCCAGCAGUGCUGCCCCCCUCCUCAGCAGUGCUGUCCCCCACCCCAGCAGUGCUGCCCCCCACCCCAGCAGUGCUGCCCCCCACCCCAGCAGUGCUGCCCCCCUCCUCAGCAGCACUGUCCCCCACCCCAGCAGUGCUGCCCCCCACCCCAGCAGACCAAGCAGCCUUGCCAGCCUCCACCCAAGUGCCAGGAGCCCUGCGCCCCCAAGUGCCCACCCCCUCAGCAGUGCCAGAAGUCCAAGCAGAAGUAAGCACUGGGAAUGUAAUCAGAGGCAAGCACCCAGGAAAAACAGAUCAUGAAGUUCCUUCCGGGCCAGCAUCUUACCCCCCACCCCUCAUCAGCCAAGCAAAGCCCCUGCUCACCAGUGCUGGAUGCAGCCUCACUUCACGCUUAGGGGAGAGGCAGGACCAGGCUGGCGGCUUCCUCGAGCUCUACUCUUCUUAAUUAGCAGCUGCAGUUUCCACAUCAGACAAGGAUCUGGUUCUAAACUAUGUAAUCGUUUUUGCUGAUAUGUAUCUACAUUGCCUGCUGGAAAUGUGGGCGGCAUGCCCAGACAUUCUCUCCUAUCGCGCUUCCCCUCAGCUCCUGUUUUCAAACAAUUAAAAUAGAAUUCCCCUGGCAUAAA